GGCAGAGUGACUUUCAGACUACAGCGGUCAUCCAGGAGCCAAGAGUGUAACCUGAUGAACGCAAGAACGCAUCUGGUCACUCGCAAGCUGCCUUUGACCUAUUUCAAAUCCAAGUCUCUUGCUAUAGACUGGGGGGGAAAAGUCUAAUUCAGAGGACAAAUGUGUCCUUUAAUGCCUUCCCAUUAGGGAUAUAGGGGAAAAGAUGAAAUGCACAGAAAGGUUUGAUGAUCGAAAGGAAGGGAAGAAGAAACGAGUGUGGAGACCGUGAGAAGAUUAAUAGAGAAAGCAAAGGAAACUAAAUGGGAAGAGGAGGGAGAACUGAAAUUUAAAGGCAAGGGAAGUAAAGGGAGAGGGAUAUUGCUGAGAAAACUUUCUCUUUAGGAAUUCGUUACCAUGAAGCUCCAUGCAGCACUGAGCUUGGAUAGGAUACAGCAGAUGCACCUGGCAUGAUCCUUCUGGACCAGGUGUGCAGCCUAAUGGCAGCCCGGAGUGGAACGGUGAUGGCCUCUGUCCUGGUUUAUUUCAUCCAGCUUCCUGGAGCCGGAUGCCAGGAGAACUGUGUCAAUGCUGAACAUUGCCUGUCCCCGGACUGGGUACAUCUCUGGUAUGUAUGGUUGCUGGUGGUAGUUGGUGCAUUGAUUCUCCUGUGCGGCCUGACUUCCGUGUGCUUCCGCUGCUGUCUGAGUCGUCCCGAAAAUGGGGAAGAUGGGGCCCCACCACCCUAUGAAGUGACCGUCAUUGCUUUUGACCACGACAGCACUCUGCAGAGUACCAUCACAUCCCUGCAGUCUGUGUUUGGCCCUGCAGCUAGGAGAAUACUUGCAGUGACUCACGCACACAGCUCCCUGGGCCAGCUACCCUCCUCUCUGGACACACUUCCAGGCUACGAGGAAGCUCUUGGCAUGAGCCGCUUCACAGUGGCAAGGUGUGGGCAGAAAGCUCCUGACUUACCCUCAGUGCCAGAAGAAAAGCAUCUGCCUCCCACAGCAAAGGAAUCCCCCCAGAUAGAACUCCCCUCCUACUGAUGACAAUAUUGACGGUAUUCCUAAUAACAGAGGAAUCCAUGGAGUUCAG